UGCAACAAAUGAGUUGCUUUGUCUCAUUCACUCAGCUACUUCCAUCACCACCUAAAAAUGCAACCUUUAUCCUUUCAUUUUCUGCGACCCAUUUUCUCUUCAGUCCUAACAACAAUGCAAUGCAGUGCUACAUAGCACUGCGAGGGUAGUUUUGCCUCUGUCUAGAUCUGACCCAUCUCGGGAUCUUAAGAAAAGAAGGCAUUUUGAAUUGUGGGUUUUGUUUUUCGGUGUAUUCGGUCAUUGGAAAAGUGUUGGGGCAUUGUUGGGGGUGAUGGGAUCCACUGGUAGCAAAGCCACUUCCUCUUGCGGUUCAUCCACAACAUCCUCUUCUUCGGGGCGUUUUAGGAAAGGUCGAUCCAAGGGCCUUAGAGGUUUUCAGUCUUAUUGUCUUGGAACAACUUCUGGAUCUCACGACAGUGACAGUGAGGACCAGGUUUGUAAUCAGAUUAAAAUAAAUAGCAGUGAUAUUAAAUAUGCGGGUGAUGGCGGUGAAAGAGAGUCAGAUGAGGUGAAAGCUGAGUCUUUUAGAAAGGUUAAAGCCAGGGAUAUGACUUGUAUACCCUCUAACACUGACCUUGAUGAGUGGGGUGAAACAAGCAUCCGCAACACUUCAUCCGGAACUGGUAGCAGCUCUGUUCAUGCUUCUUCAACUCAUUCCUUGAACCCUACAAGUAAUUUCCUUUCUCAAUUUAGCCUCAUUCCUGGUAAUGUAAGCUUCAGACUUAGCAGAGCCAGCAGUUUGGGGUUGUCAACGCCUUGUCUUGUUUCUUCUGCAAAUCUCUCAAUAUUUGACAAUGAAGAUGGGCAAAAUAUACAUGCAAGGCCUUCAGGAAAUUUGAUUGACAGAAAUGAUACACGACAAUGCAGUGACUUGCUUCCUGAAUCUUUUGCAAAUAAAAUACCUACACAGUGUCUUGAAGGCGCUGCAAAUAAUUUAAGGUCAACUUCCCCGGCAUCAGGUUUGCCUGGCAACUUGCUGAACAAUAGCACAGGUGGAGUAGGUACACGAGAAAGGCAGGAUGUGAACUUAUUUUCUUCAAGAAAUCAAACAGAGACAGCAAAUGUUGAGACAAGACAUAUUGACCGACGGAAUGGAGCACAAGAACCAGUUGAACGGAAUAUUCAUUUUAGCCGAACUUUAAGUGUUGGAAGACUUCGUGACAGAGUUCUUCGUCGAUCAACAUUACCUGACCUCACUUUUUGCCCUCUCCAACAAGAGAGAGAAAUAAGAGAUGCUAGUCAGGACACUAGAAGGCAAGCAGCAGAGGGAGAUUCAAGAGUGUCACCAUCUGAUCUUAGUGUUGUUAAUUCUUCUACAUUAGAAUAUCCUUCAUCUAGUAUGCCUAACUCCAUGUUUAGCAACCAAGAAUAUGGCAUUGAGACUUCACGCUUGAGAGAAGGGAGGUAUCAGGAUCUACUUGAACAAAGGUCCAAUUUCCUUGAGCGGAGAAGAAGAAUACGGUCCCAGGUUCGUGCACUUCAGAGGUUGGGUAGUCGGUUUGAAAAUCUUUCUGGACAUGACAGAUCAUGUAUCUUGUCUGGUCAACAUAGAAAUGGUCGUUGUACAUGUCGAAUCAGUAAUCGUGACACUAAUUCAAAUGAUGAUACCACUGCUAGAGCUAGCAUAUCAAGAAUUGUUAUGCUUGCAGAAGCCUUAUUUGAGGUUCUGGAUGAAAUUCACCAGCAAUCUGUUGUUUUAUCUUCCCGCCCUUCUGUAUCUUCUAUUGGAUCUGUUCCUGCCCCUAAUGAUGUUGUGGAGUCCUUGCCAGUCAAAUUAUAUGAGAAGUUGCAUAAGCAUCAAGAAGAUGCUGCACAAUGCUAUAUAUGCCUUGUGGAGUAUGAAAAUGGAGACAGUGUACGAGUACUGCCUUGUCAUCAUGAAUUUCAUAGAAGUUGUAUAGACAAGUGGCUGAAGGAGAUUCACAGGGUUUGCCCACUUUGUCGGGGUGACAUAUGCAUAUCUGAUUCAUUGCCAACAGAAAACUUGAGUAGCUAGUUGUUGAUUAAUAUCUGCUUUGAAGCACCCUGUGUCAUUGGUCUUUUCUGUUGUGAAUAUCAGAAGUGCAGUCCUUUUCUACUGUAUUACAUUGUUGUCAAUGAUUAUUUACUCUGAUAUCCGAAUAAAACACAAAAUCCAUGGUAGA